CUUAUAUAUUUCAUGUUUAUCGUGAACCACUCUACGAAUCUACUUGAGAACUCUCUCCACUCUCAAAAAAAAUCCAGUCAUGUCGAGAAAUUUCUCAAAAAUCCAGUCCAUGGCGAUAUACCAAGAUCUUAAUCGAAAUGCACGCCACCACCACAACUCUAUUGACGAAGACCAAAUCCAAACAGAAGAAGAAGCAGCCUAUAACCUGCUACAUGAAAAGCUCAACGACCUUCUUGCAACUCUCCCGAAAGACAAAGGCUGGAGAACCACAAACGUCUUCCUAUACAAAGGUUUCUGGUUGGGCCCAACAGCUCUCAAAAGCUUAUUAAUGAUCCACGAGUACUUCCAUCCCCGAUCUAGUGACAUAUUCCUCGCAGCUUUCAUGAGGUGUGGAACCACCUGGCUUAGAGCCCUCAUGUUCGCCACCGCCAACCGCCACCUUUACAAGUUUUACGACCACCCUAUUAACCACACAGGAUCCCACGAUACUUUCCCCUCCCUUGACUCUCAAAUUCUUCUGGAAUAUCCGGUAUCUAAUUUCGAGCAUCUCCCUUCUCCUCGACUGUUCGCCACACACUUUGCUCACAGCUUGUUACCGAUCUCAAUGACAUCACCAUUGUCGUCGUCCAAGUUUGUGUACGUGUGUAGAGAUCCCAAAGACGUACUAAUUUCAAAAUGGCACUUCAUGAGCAAAAUCAGGUCGAAGGAACUUACACCGAUCUCGUUUAAUGAAGCUUACGAGCUUUUCUGCAAUGGGGUCUCCGAGUUCGGUCCUUUUUGGGACCAUGUGUUGGAGUACUGGAAAGCAAGCCAGGAAUCACCUGAGAAGGUCCUGUUCUUAAAGUAUGAGGAUAUCCAGAGGGAACCGUCAGUGGAGCUCAAGAAGUUGGCUGCGUUCAUGGGAAUGCCCUUCACGGCGGAGGAGGAGAAGGGCGGAGUGGUGGAACGGAUUGUGAAGCUGUGUAGCUAUGAGAAUAUGAGUAAUCUUGAGGUGAAUAAGGAGGGUGGCGGUGCUCAGAAGUUUGCGCAGGUGGUGGUGGAGAAUCGGGAUUAUUUCAGGAAAGGGACGGUGGGAGAUUGGAAAAAUUACUUAACAGAGGAGAUGAGAGAGCGCAUUGAUUCAAUCACUGAAACCAAGUUUAAGGGUUCGGGGUUGACACUGGGUCUUGGUCUCUAAUUGAUGGCUGCUAUCACCACAUGCUCUAGCUAUGGUUCACUUUGGAUGGAUCAUGGAAGCUGGAAUUAUGUUACGCUUCUGCUUUGGUGGUUGUCUCUCUUGUUAUCAUCUGCGGCUGUUGCUGACGACUUACCUAUGAGUAUCGUUGAGUGUUUUGGUGGCUAUCUUUCUAUCAAAUGCAUAGGUACUUUCAUCAUUACGGAUGUUGUUGGAAUGUGAUGCAAAGUUCAUUGCCAUUUGGUGUUCGAUGCUUCUGCCCCUUUGUACCUAUAUUUCCGAAUGGUAUCUUCGGAUUCAGUGAUUUGGCUCUUCUUGGUUCUCACGCAAUUUGCUACUGGGCAUGUACUGUUGUCUCUGUUUUGUUGGUGUAGUUUGAUCCUAUACAUGGUUUGUUGUUUCAUUAUUGUUGUUUCAUACUCUAUAUUGGUAAGUUAUCACUGGUCUCUUUUUUUCUUAUUUUAUAUAUUUAUUGUUGUACUAAGGCAUCCACAAUAUAAUGAACUCUGUAAAGUUCAAUAAACACAUCAUUUUCUACAUUA